AUGCGGGGUGAUCCGGAGUGGUCUGCCAUUGAGGCCACGAUCAUCCGAUGGUUCUACCAGGCCGUCUCGAAGGACAUCUUCCACACGGUUGUCGUCGAGGAUGACGACACCUGCGCCGUGUGGGCCAAGAUCAACGCUCUCUUCACCGAUAACAAACUUCAGCGCCUUGUCCACGCCUAUCACAUGCCCGUCCCGCGGGCCCCUGCACCGGGUCUUCUUGGCCCCCGCCCUGCGGGCCACCAGGUGUUCUUCGAUGCCCCUACCAGCCGUACGGUGCUCCCCUCGCGCCGCCACCCCUCGGUGGCUAUGGCGCGCCCGCCCAGGCGCCACCGGUACCUGCACCGUGGGACCCCGCCCUCCUGGGAGGCGACUGGUACAUGGACUCAGGUUUCUCCAGCUGCGGCCCCUCCGGUGCCGACCCCCGCGCCCCCUGCUUGGAGCGAUGCACGGCGGUCCCCAGUGGUUCCCUCCUCCCGGCACCUUCCGUCGUCGCCCGGGCUCUCGACUUCCCCCGAGGUCGAGUCUGACCGAACCCCUGGGUGCCCGGCUCCCUCCUCAAAGGUUGAGCCCGAUCGGGUUUCCCACCCCAGCGCCGCGGCGGCCACCCCGCCCUCCACCCCGGUUGGUGCCGCCACCCCGACGACGCCGACGGGCUGGACUUCCACCUCACCCGUCGCCACCCCUGCUGCAGGCUCGGAUGCCACCUCCGGCUCGUCUGCUCCCACGGCCCCCGCCACCGUGGCCCCUACCGCUGCCGCAGGCCCCUCCGCCGCGCGGCCCCCGCCGCCGCUGCCGCGCCUCUCGGCGUGA